CCGUAUACAAUGCAGCUUGAAGAUAUGUAAGAGACUGCAAAGGAGGUCAAAAGCGAAAGCGUGAUUGCGCCUAACGCUAACUGCUGGCUUGUCCUCGGACGCCCUAGUUGAUGCGAGCGCCAGGUCUGCCGGACUUGUUGCAUACAACACAUAUCCUAUAUAUAGGUAACAGCAUAUAGGUAGUUUUUUGCUUCACCACCGACUGCGGGCGAUGCGCGCGUCUAUGCGAGGCGCUUGGGCGCGCCGCGCAGGGAGCUUCCUGCUAGCUGGACUUCUCUGCCUACUAGCAACUCCUAGCGCUUAUGGAGCUGUGAAGGUUCGCAAGGCGCCACCGCCGCGCAGCGCACCCCCACCUCGGCAUGCUUACGGACAGUGCGCUGGCCCCACCAUCCCGCCUCUGGAGAAGGACCGCCCCACUGCUGCGUUGUCGCCGUUCAGUGAGCUAACUGUGCAAGAGCUGGCUGCGGUCCGCGACUUCCUGCUGUCUAAACCCGAGCUGGGUCUGGUGCACUACGACGAGGCGACACCCACCGACAACGUGAUCUUCACAGUGGAGAUGCUUCCCCCCACCAAGGCCGACGUGCUGGCACACAUAGACGGCGGCGGCCCCGCGCCACCGCGCCGUGCGCAGGCGGUCAUGUUCCUUUACAACCACACGGACGGCCCGCAGUGCCUGCGGGCUGAAGUGGGGCCCCUUCCCUCGCCAACCUACUACAAGUCCAUCAACUACACGAAGCACACGCCCCACAUCCACAUCCACAGCCGCCCUGGCUCAAUACUAGAGUACAACGGGGUGGACGCGAUCCUGUCCGAGGCCUUCAAGGUGCUGGACCCAAUCGUGGCCGAGGUGAACGGCGGCUACAGGUUCAAUGACUGCGAGGACAAGUGCCUCACAUGGUCCGACAGCUCACCCCGUGGCAUCGUACGCUCGGAGCGCAAGUGCUGGUUCGCCAUGCUACGCAAGGUGGAGGGGUUGUAUCUGCACCCGCUGGGCCUGGAGUUCUACAUCGAUACCUCGGGUGAGGCUGCUGGCUGCUGCGGGGCGAGCAAGCCCUCCGCCCGUGCGCGUGAUGCACGCGCGCGCGCGAACAGGGGGUUGGGGACGAGUGGUGGGAAGGACGUAUCGCAGGCGACGGGCGAAGUGGACCCUGGAAGCACCCCAUGUGUACACGCACGCGGCUUCCGCCCCCUUCUGCCUCCAGGCUCCGACUACACAAAGUGGUAUGUUGACAAGAUCCAAUACGCCAACCGGCUGUGGAACAACACGGCAGAGAUUGUGGCCUGGUACGAGGCCAACAACCGCACCACCCCCGGGUUCAACCCCUGGAAUCCAGAGACCGAGGAGGACUAUCGCUUCUCCACCUUCAACCCGCGCACUGACACGGCGCCGCACCUGCCGCCCGGCGGCCGACCGGGCCCUCGCCUGUACGAACCCGCGGGCAAGCGCUACACCGUCAACGGCAAGCACAUCAGCUGGAUGGGCUGGGACCUGAACAUGGGCAUGCGCAGCACGGCCGGCAUGCGACUGUGGGAUGUGCGCUUCAACGGCACGCGCGUCGCCUACGAGAUCAGCCUGCAGGAGGCCGCUGCGGCGUACGGAGGUGACUCCACGAGCAGCCCCUUCCAGGCUUCCACUUUCUACUUCGACUCGUCAUGGGGAAUGGGCCCCUCGCACCUCUCGCUUGUGCCGGGCAGCGACUGUCCCGAUACCGCCACCUACUUCGAUUUCUCGCAUUUGUGGGAUGGGCACGACGUGCAAAUGAACGAGAACAGCGCGUGCGUCUUUGAGAUGGACAUGGGCCUGCCCCUGCGCCGCCACCACCAGCACCACACGCGCCCCAAGUUUGCUGCGUCCAUCAAAACCUACGCGCUCGUCAUCCGCUCCAUUUCCACCGUGUACAACUAUGACUACCAGUGGGACCACGUGUUCUACACGGACGGGACUAUCGGUGAGCCAGUAGCCAGCUAUUUAAGGUCAAGGUACCUGCAGACGGUGCGUCACGAAGUUGACUCUUACAGCUACAAGCUGUCACCGGAUGCUGGUGGCACCCUGCACGACCACGUGGUGCACUGGAAGGUGGAUCUGGACGUUGCGGGGCAGUCCAACAGCGUCAUGCGCUCCACCAUUGUGCCCGAGCUCGUGGACACCCCCUGGCACCCCUCCGUCAAGACAACCUGGGGCAAGCGCCUCGUGCGCAGCAUUGCUGAAACCGAGCACAACGCCACGCUGCUCAUCAACCCCAGCACGCCCACGCAUAUGGCUGUGGUGAACGAGGAUGCGCUCAAUGCCCGCGGCAACCCGCGCGGUUACCGCAUUGACCACAAGACGUAUACCUACCCCCUCAUCCCCGACGAUGCGUGGAUCAUGGAGACAGCGAACUUUAUGAAGUACCACGUGGCUGUCACGGAAUACAAGGACGAUGAGCCCACCAGCGCCACCAUCUUCGACCAGGCCACGCCCAAGGAGCCCGUGGUGCGGUUUGAGGACUAUAUUGAUGGCGACAGCGUGCGGCGGAAGGACCUGGUGGCGUGGGUGUCCGCCGGCACCUGGCAUGUGCCGGUGGCAGAGGACGCACCAAACACCCCUUCGACUGCCCACGCCGUGGGCUUCGUGCUGCGGCCCUUCAACUACUUUGAUGAGGACGCGGCGCUGCACACGCGCGACAUCACCAUCAUCCGCAAGGACUUCGAGACCGGGGAGGCGGCGGUGGUGGACACAGGCAUGGCGGCGCCGCGGGACUGUGUGCCGCAAGCCGGUCUGACCGCGCAUGCCGCGGCCAACAGCUUUGACUCGCCCACGGACGACUACUACGACGAGUAGUGCAGAGGAGAACGCUCCCCUGACACAAAGCAGCUGUACAUGAACCGGAGCAUGUGCAAAAGCAUGCUUGUUUGUAACACAAUGUGUUC